AGAAAACGUCAUAAUCAUGUCAGUAAAACUCAAUUGUCAUUAGUAAAGUUUCACUGAAACUAUCAAAAUUUUUAGUGCAUAAUUUCUUAUUUUUCGAAAUUCACAGUAAAGUUCUGAUGAAAAUCCAUCGAUAUGGUUGUAGGACAGUUUGUAACAACUUACAGAAAGGACUAUCUUUGGCCGUACGUGAAAACUCUUGGACUGAGACCUGAACCUGAUCGCAUAUACCAACCAAGAUAUAGAGAUGAACAAUAUUGCGCCUGUCACUGCCUUCCCGAGGUUCGUCCAACCAGCGAACAGAAAACUAUUUUCGGCCCAGAAGCCCUCAGUGGUGACCAAUGGAGUCGUUCAGGACCAAUGGGGCCUUUAUUGGAUCCCAAACUCUUUCCUGCCAAGGUUUCAGCUGCCCCAGAAUCCAAAAUUGGUAGAUAUAAUCAACCAAACGCUUUCAUGAUGAAGCCGUCUUUAGGGGAAUAUCCAUCAGCACCGUAUGACGAACUGAUAAGAGCUGCGGGGGUGGACGGCUUGGCCCCUUGCCCCGAACCAGUCCGCCUUCCAGGAGACCUGUGCAGGCCCAUCCAGAAAUCCAUGAUUACCAGGCGGGGCCCCGGAGGUGGAACCGGGGGUGGUAUGGGAAGCGGUGGCCGAUGGGGAACUGCAGGGGGUAAAAGUGAAGAUGCGAAGCAAGUUGUUGGUAGCUGCAGAGGGGGAACUUUCACUCUCACCCCAGGAUGCACUGAAUACCAAGAUACUGUUUCCCGUCUGGGAAACCUCAUCAUCAGAGACGGACUUCACGAUCCUAUUCGAAGAAAAGCAGGAGUACAGGCAAAAAGACUUUUCUAGACAAUGUCUUCAUGAGAAAAUGUGUCGUAGGCUCAUUGUGAAUGAGAAAAAUAAAUUUUAUGUUAUUGAAA